CUCUUUCUUCAGCGUGACAUCGAGAAAAUCGAACAAGACUGCAGAAAUAUCAUGAAAGUUCGCUUAUGUAAAAGGUAGAAAGCUUAUACAUUUGCGAGAAAAAAUUCCACUUAAUGGGACAACUCUGAAGCAAAAGCAACUAAAAUAACAAUCUACAAUUAUGGCUCUGCUGUCGAAUCAUCAUUGCAACUACCAGAACACGCAGUCCGAGAUGCUGACACCCGCGUACGCGAGUUCGGCGAGAAGCUACGACCCUUUGUAUCCGUCACCGUACAACUCCCCGAACUACGAUUCCACGAGAAUCGCAUAUCGAGACAAUUGCACGCACGAGAACGAGCUCACGCCGCGACGGGAGGUCGAGACGCUGGAUUACGCCAAGGACGUGGUGCCAGAAUACACCAAGACCCCGGAAGGAUACGAGCGCGGAUCGUAUGGCAUCCUGACGCCUGUCACGCCGCAAAGAUACGAGCCGCCGCACUCGAUGGACCAGGCAAGAUCACCCCGAUUGAUGUUAUACGAGGAAAGUUCGAUGGACUAUCACACACCGACCUAUUGCUACGAGACUCCUCCGCAGGAACCGAGAUACCAGCCCCUGGAGAACAGCAAACCGAUCAUCACGAUUGUCGAACCUCGCGCCAAUUGCUGGGAAUCAAUCAUCCCGACACAAAAAAUACCGACGACACCGCCGGUGAGUCCGCGAAAGGGUCGACGAAGAUCGCGCGACGUCCCGCCGUCGCCGACGGUGCUAAAGCGUCGUCGUUUAGCCGCGAACGCGCGCGAAAGGCGACGCAUGAACGGAUUGAACGACGCCUUUGACAAGUUGCGCGAGGUCGUGCCGAGUCUCGGGACCGACCACAAGCUGAGCAAGUUCGAGACUCUACAAAUGGCGCAGAGCUACAUAGCUGCCCUGUGCGAUCUUCUGCAGAGGCACGAUAGCAAGAGAUAG